AGGCGCACUGCUGGCCGGUAGGCAGGAUGGACAUGAUGGACGGCUGCCAGUUCUCACCUUCUGAGUACUUUUACGACGGCUCCUGUAUCCCGUCCCCUGAGGGUGAGUUUGGGGACGAGUUCGAGUCACGAAUGGGUGCCUUCGGGGCCCACAAAGCAGAGCUGCAGGGCUCAGACGAGGACGAGCACGUGCGAGCGCCUACGGGCCACCACCAGGCUGGUCACUGCCUCAUGUGGGCCUGCAAAGCGUGCAAGAGGAAGUCCACUACCAUGGAUCGGCGGAAGGCAGCCACGAUGCGCGAGCGGAGACGCCUGAAGAAGGUCAACCAGGCUUUUGAGACGCUCAAGAGAUGCACCACGACCAACCCCAACCAGAGGCUACCCAAGGUGGAGAUCCUCAGAAAUGCCAUCCGCUACAUCGAGAGCUUGCAGGAGCUGUUGAGGGAACAGGUGGAGAACUACUACAGCCUGCCGGGACAGAGCUGCUCAGAGCCCACCAGCCCCACCUCCAAUUGCUCAGAUGGCAUGCCUGAAUGUAAUAGUCCUGUCUGGUCCAGAAAGAGCAGCAGUUUUGACACUGUCUACUGUCCUGAUGUAUCAAAUGUAUAUGCCACAGAUAAAAGCUCCUUAUCCAGCUUGGAUUGCUUGUCCAGCAUUGUGGAUCGGAUCACCUCCUCAGAGCAACCUGGGUUGCCUCUCCAGGACCCGGCCUCUCUCUCUCCAGUUGUGAGCACUGAUUCACAGCCUGCGACUCCAGGGCCAUCUAGUUCCAGGCUUAUCUAUCAUGUGCUAUGAACUACAUAUCUAGUCUAGAUCAGUUCUGCCAGGAGGGCCUAUUAUCCAAGAAGAAGGAGGCCCAACAAGUCCAAAAUGAAGACAACAUGUAUAUAAUAAUUUCUUUUCAGUUGUAAAUUUGUAAAUAUUAUCUUGCCACCUUAUAACAAAGUGUAUUUAACUAAAAGUCAUGGUUACAAUUAAUACUUUCUCCUUCUCCUCCUUUUCUUCUUCUUCUUUGUCUUUAACUUCACCUUCUUUUCUUUAGGUAUAUAGUUCCAAUAAUAUUAUUUCUAAUGGGGGUAAUUCAUUGAGGGUAGCUUGUUGCAAUGCUUAACUUAUAUAUUUUUUAUA